CAAAACUUGUUGCUGCUCCGCCAGCACCGGGUGAGAGCGAGGGAGCGCGCAGGGAGCGCGGCGCAGCCCUCCCAGCGCCCGCACGCAGCGCCGGCCCCGCCGCCCCGGCCCCGCCGCCGGAGCCCUGCGAGCCGCGGGCAGCGCACGGCGGGCCGGCGAUGCGGCGCGCAGCUCCCGGGCGCCGGAGCCUAUGAGCGGCGGCGCGCCGCCCCGUCGGCUCUCGGGCAGCGCAGCGCGGCCGGCGCCGGGCGGCAGCGAGCGGAGAGCCGCCGGGGUGAGCGCGGGCGGGCGGCCGGUGCCAGCGGCGCGGCGGCGCGGCAGGAUGUGAGCGGGGCGGCCGAGCGGCGGCCGGCGCGGCGGGGAGCGGGACGGCGGAGCGGCGCGGCGCGGAGCGGCCAUGUCCUUCUGAGGAGCCGCGCAGGAUGUUCGGGCUGGAGCAGUUCGAGCCGCAGAGCAGCAGCCGGAGCGGCGGGCAGGCGGAGCGGGGCUUCGGCCAGCCCGGACUGAGCAUGAGCGCGCACUUCAAGGCGCCGGCCUUCCCCGGCGGCGGCCCGGCGGCGGCGGCGGUGGACCCGGCCCUGGGCGCGCUGGGCGAGCCGCCCCUCCUGGGCAUGAACAUGAGCCUGGCCGGGGACGCCUACGGCUUCCCGGGCCGCGGCCCCGCCGAGCUGCACGGCGGCGGCAUGCAGCCGCCGGUGCACGGCUUCUUCGGCGGGCAGCAGCCGCACGGCGGCCACGGCGGCGCCCACCACCCCCACCAGCACCCCCCGCACUUCGGCGGCAACUUCGGGCCCGACCCCGGCGCCUCCUGCGUGCACGGCGGCCGGCUCCUGGGCUACAGCGGCGCGCUGGGCGGGCAGACGGCGUUCGCCGACGGCUACGAGCACAUGGCCGAGAGCCAGGGCGGCGAGGGCUUCGGGCAGCAGCGCCCCGGGAACCUGCCCGACUUCCAGCACCACAGCGCCGGCGCCUCCAGCCACGCCGUGCCGGCGCCCUGCCUGCCCCUCGACCAGUCCCCCAACCGCGCCGCCUCCUUCCACGGGCUGCCGGCGGCCGGCUCCUCCGAGCCCCACGGCCUGGAGCAGCGGCGGCUCCCCGCGCAGGGCGGCGUGGACUCGCUGGAAUACAAUUACCCCGGCGACGGCCCCGCCGGCCACUUCGAGCUGCCCGUCUUCUCCCCGUCGGAGCCCGAGGGGCAGCUGCCGCACUACGGCGGCGGGCGGCAGGUGCCGGCCGGCGGCAGCUUCGCGGGGGCGCCCGCCCUGCCCCGGGCGCCGGGCAUGGCCGUGGCCAAGGCGCACCCGCCGCAGCAGCACGGCGUCUUCUUCGAGCGCUUCGGGGGGGCGCGGAAGAUGUCCGCCAGCCUGGAGCCGGGGGCCAGCGCCAGGCACCCACUGAUGCAGCAGCAGCAGCCGCCGCAGCCGCCGCAGCAGCCGCCGGGCUUGCUGGCCAGACAGAACUCCUGCCCGCCAGCCAUCCCUAGGCAACAGCAAACAGAAGCCAACGCUCCCAACCCCAACCUGCAGGACAAUGGGCCCAUAAUGCAGAACCAGCAUGCACAGUUUGAAUACCCUAUUCACAGACUGGAGAACAGGAAUAUGCAUCCCUACACCGACCCCGUGUUUAAUAUGCAGCACCCUCCUCCGCAACAGCCACCAAAUCAAAGACUGCAGCACUUCGAUGCCCCUUACGUGAGCGUCGCCAAGAGGCCGCGGUUCGACUUCCCUGGCAACCCCGGCGUCGAGCGCUGUGCCUCCUGGGGCAGCGGCAUGCACGGCCCCGCCAUGGAGAGCCACCUCUCCCCGACGGCUUACCCCGGCCUGCCGGGUGAGUUCACCCCGCCGGCGCCCGAGGCCUUCGGGGGGCCGCUGCCGCACGGCGGCCCUGAGCACCCGGCGCUGGCCCAGCGCCAGAACGCGGCCCUGGUGAUGAAGCAGAUGGCCUCGCGCAGCCAGCAGCGCCUGCGGCCGCCCAGCCUGCAGCAGCUGGGGCACCACGGCGAGGUGGGCCCACCCGGCAGCCUGCCCCCACCCGCCUUUGAGCGGGAGGCCGGUGGUGGUGGCCGUGGCUUCGACCCACCGGCACCGCACCUGGCCCCCGACAGCGCCUGGUUUACGGGGCCGCCGCCGCCCGGGGAGCUCCUGCCACGGCGCAUGGCGGCACCCGGGCUGCCGGCUGAGGCGGCCCCCCACGAGCUGGGCCUGCAGCCGGGCAGCACCGCCGUGCUCUUCCGACCCGGAACUGGCGGGCUGGGGCUGCAGGAGCCGCUGCGGAUGGCAGGUGAGGGGCCGGCGCAGGCCCUGCCCUCGCCUGGCGUCCACCCGCCCUUCGCACCCGCCAUGGGUGGCCUCUCGCAGCUGCAGUCGCCGGGCGGCGGCGUGGCGCUGCCCAGUGCCCCCGCCGAGCGACGUGGCCCCGCUGACUUUACCACCCAGCCCGGCUUCCCCUUCGCGGCAGCAGCACGGCAGCCAGCGGCCCACGGGGCCGCGCCCGCCCUCAGCGCCUCGCCGGGCGCCUACCCUCCGCCCCCGCCCGAGUUCCCCCCGCCGCCACCACCGCGGCCUGCCGCCAGCAAGCUGGGCGCCCUCUCGCUGGGCUCCUUCAGCAAGCCGGCCAGCAAGGACAACGUCUUCGGGCAGAGCUGCCUGGCUGCCCUCUCCACCGCCUGCCAGAACAUGAUCGCCAGCCUGGGCGCCCCCAACCUCAACGUCACCUUCAACAAGAAGAGCCCGGCCGAGGCCAAGCGCAAGCUCAGCCAGGCCGAGCCCGACCCGCCGCCGCCCACUGCCCCGGACUACUUCCCAGCAGGCCCACCAGCGGGCGGGGGUGGCGCGGGCAAGACGGCGGGCACUGCCCCGCUGCUGCCCGCUGAGAGCAGCCUCUCGCCCGGCUACGCGCUGGAGCCAGCGGCCGGCGGCGAGGGGAAGGCGGGCGGCGGGCGGGGGCGGGGCCGCCGGAAACGGGACAGCGGGCACGUCAGCCCCGGCACGUUCUUCGAGAAGUUCUCGGCCACGGAGGGCGGUGGGGCCGGUGUCAGCCCAGGGCAGCCGGCGGUGCCGGCGGCGGCGGGGGGCCCACCGGGGGCCGUGGGCGCAGAGCGCAGCGGGGGCACCCCCCACGACAAGCCCCUGACCUCGCCCUCCUGGGGCAAGGGUGGCGAGCUGCUGCUGGGGGAGCAGCCCGACCUGAUGUCCUCCCUGGACAGCGGCAUCCAGAGCGUGACCAAGUCGGACGGCAGCUCCCCGCACGUGGACUUUCCUGACGAGGUCAGCACCAGCUACGGCAACGAGGACGAGGUGUCCUCCAGCUCCGACAACGCCGCCUCCAAGCCCACCCGCAGCCCGCUGCUGGGCGGCUCGCCCAAGCUGCCCCGUGGGGAGCACGCACUUCUCAACGGACAGAAGCCCCUGGCCCUCGGCCUCCUCAGUACGUCUACCUCGACCCCCGACAGCUACGGGCUCAGCACCACGGCGGGCACCCACCCUGGCACGCCGGGCAUGGAGCAGGUGCGGACCCCCACGAGCACCUCGGCCCAGGACGAGAUCCACCCCCUGGAGAUCCUGCAGGCGCAGAUCCAGCUCCAGCGGCAGCAGUUCAGCAUCUCGGAAGAUCAGCCCUUGGGGCUGAAGAGCAAGAAGGGGGAGUGUGCGGGGCAGAACGGGGACAGCGACCUGGGCAGCUGCUGCUCGGAGGGCGUCAAGGGCACCAUGAGCACCAUCGACCUGGACUCCCUGAUGGCGGAGCACAACUCCACCUGGUACCUGCCCGGCGAGAAGGCCCUGAUGGAGGGGCAGGAGGAGGACAAGCCCAUGGCACCCUGGGAGAAGCCCAAGCCCCCGAACCCCAGCAAAGAAGCCCACGACCUUCCCCCGAGCAAGACCUCGGCCACGGCGCAGACCGGCAGCCACCUGCAGUGCCUCUCGGUCCACUGCACGGACGACGUGGGCGAGGCGAAGGGCCGGACUGCGGUGCCGACGUGGAGGUCCCUGCACUCGGACAUCUCCAACAGAUUUGGGACUUUUGUGGCCGCCCUGACUUGAACAAAAGAAAUUAUUUUUUUUCUCUUUUUAAUUUCAAAAGGCCGCUACUGCUAGGUGGACUAUUUUUCUAGGUUGGUACCUGCUUAGUGGCAUAUGGACUGGAAAGGGUUAAUUUAAAGUAAACCUCAACUUUUUUUUAAUCUUCUGCCACAGUAUGUUACCAGUGUUAACCCUUCUGCAGUUAGCACACUUUUGCUUAAGAUUUUCCUGCUAGACCACUUUUUCCCAUUAUUCUGUAACCUUGGCAUACAUUUAUAGAUGAGGCCUUUUCUUUUUUCAUCUCAGCGUAUGUCCAAGUCACGUAUGUCAUAAUAAGACAAAGAUCAUCCUCCUCCUCUUCUUCCUCAUUUGCUUUGUUUUACUUUUUUUUUUGUUUGUUUUGUUUUGUUUUGUUUUGUUUUGCUUUGUUCAGUGCUUAUUACAAUGGUGAUCCUGAAGAACAGCAGUUCAGGAAUAAACGCCGGUUAAAGUGAAAUGGUCAUCAUUAUAUUAUAUAUUAUAUUGACACCCAGCUUUUGCCAGUCACAUACAAACCAAACAGUUAAUGCUCUGUUGAAUAUUCAGGCAACGAGCCUGCCCUUUCCUGAGAAAAUGAUGUUCUGUUGCUAAUAAUGUUCAGCCUCGUUUGCUCUCCGCCUCCCCCUGCGAGGCAAGGACGCUCAGAGACGGAGCUCUGUCAUGAACGGGCCGGUUCAGACACAGCCGCGGAAGGUAUAGAGGUGUUUUUCUAAAUAAGUCUAACAGGAAGUUUAUUUAACAACUCAGAGUCAUUAUCUCCUCCACUGAACGCCCGGGCUCCCCUCUGCUCACGAGGCGGAGCGGGGGCUGCUCCCCAGCGUGGCCGCAGCCUCCUGAUCCUGGUGAUGCUCCCACGGUUCCCACUUUAUCACCGCUGGAGGAAGAAAUCCCCCAGAGCCUCCUGCGUGCGCUGUCCCGUGGCGCCGUGUCCCGGCACGGCUGGGGCCGGGUCCAUCGCCAGCUGUGGCCGGUGUCCCCAAAGCCCCGCCUGCCAGGCAGCACUGCCCCACUCUGCCCGUUUUUCACCCGGUUUUAGCUGAAGGAAGAUGCUGUUGAUGGGAGCAGGAUGCAGCAGCCCGUGCACGCAUCCGUGGGGCACCCAGGCUCCUGCCGCAGCCGUCUCGGUGCAGGGGCAGCGGUCGGGGGACGGCCCGAGCAGGGGAGAACGGGGGGCUGUAUGCCCACGGUCAGUGUUUCCUAAUCUGCCAGGGCAGGGACACCCCGUGUUAGAACCCCCAAACUCAUUCGAGGCCCCGUUUUUGCCAUGCAUUGAAGAACAGUGUUACUAGAUGCACACAAUAAAAGGAAAACCAUACUUUCCUGCUCGCGAUAGAUAAUACUCAUUCCAGAAGAAAGUUGGAAGCAAACCAGAUAAAAAACACGACUGACACAAUGAUCCGACCCUCCUGUGGUUUUACGUAACUGUCCAUUAUUUGUGUCUGCUCUGUGUACAGGGAGUGUGAGCCGUCCUGCCUCGCUCAGGCCAGCUCGCUUUCCUCUGCUCCCUGAAGCUUAAUAACAUCACUGGAGAUUUAGGUUUUAGCUGUGAAAUAAAGGUCGGCCUCUCUAGGGUUAUUUAUUACUUCUGUCAUGAAUUCGCAAAAUGUGUCCCUCCUCAAGGGAUGGGGUUUGAAGGCUGCUUUGUAUUUUAUCUUCGAUGAUUGUGCUGGGCCUUGAAUUAUUUUGAAGUAAUGUUCUCAGUAGACACCAAUGGAGAGGGAAUUCUGCCUAAAAUGCCAAUGGCACGGGGUGGUCUGAAAUCCUCGCUCUCGGUCAUACGUGGCUUCAGAGAGACUCGCAGUGUUUGGAAAUGUUAGUGGAAUGUGCUCUUAUUAACCGUGCAUGGAUUGAUUUCCUCUUACGGGUCUGGUUAUCUUGACUUUAGAUAAAUUUGGGAGCUUUGAACCUUGAUUUUCCGUAUUUUUUUUACUUUGUAUUGAAGCUGGAGCUGCCAUGAGGAUGAGGAUUUUUGCCCAUCCCGGAGCAAUUGGCUGUGGAGCUGCCUCACGCCUGCUUGAUUUGGAACAAAAAGAUUUUGUACCUUCUGUAGGUGCGUGUGCUACUGAAAGCUCAGAGCUCUCCCCUGUCCCUGCAAUAAAAUAUCACCGUCCCCAGUAAAACAUCUCCUGGUAGAAUGAUAAUUAGCCCUCACUCUGGAAGAUGCCUCUUUGCCUGUGAUUUCUUAAGUCCCAGUUCACCCAAAUAUGUGUUUAACUUUUAAAUUUUUACGUGUUUAACUUAAAAAUCCUGUCGAGCAAAGCACUUGGGGGCUGCUGAGCUGAGGAGGGUUCUGUGUGCCGGGGCGAGCUGCGGUGGGUUUGGUCCGCAGCUCCCACCCCGUCCUGGCAGCUCCUGCCGGGAGUAACCCCAGCGAAACGCAUGCCUGGACACGUGAUACCGCGUUUCAGCACUUAGCGCUGAGCAUUUAGGAAGAGUUCAUGGUCUGGUGGCAUUCCUGUACAGGAGCGCAGCCCCGAUGGCUUACUGCUUUGUUUUUAGUUUUUCCUGCUGCAUUCAAGAGAACAGGUUUUUCAGGCUUCCUGAGGUCAGGGAUGCACACCCUGUGCUACCGGGAAGAGACCUUUCAGUGAGCGCUGCAUCACACAUUUCAGAUGGCUUUUAAAGAGAAAUCCUCCUUUAAGUAGAAACGCAGUGACUCAGUUGGUCUCACCCGCCCUUUUCUUCUGGUUUGCUCUCUGCAGCUUUGCUUCUCUCCUGGAGUUGUUCUCAUUCCCCCCGGGACUUUCUUUUUCACUUGCUCAUAGAAACACAAAGUGGAAGCAAUUGUUUAAAAACCAGUGGAAUCCUAACAGUUUUAAAUCCUGUGAAAUGAGGAGGACGGGCUAUACCGAAGCCAGGGGACGUGCCUUCAGGUGCUGAGCUGUACGGCGUGGAAGUGCGGGAGCUGUGGGUCUGCUCCCGCACUGCUGGGCCCGUGCGGUGGGCGCAGUGGGAGGACGGGAUUUCUAGACAGCGAGGAGUUAGAAACAGUGUUGACCAUCUUCUGGGCCUUAUGUCCAUGUGGUUUUGCUGAAUAACAUGGUCAGUCCUUUUGCUAACCUCCUACCCGUUCAAUCUUGCUUAAUUUCAGUGACUUAAUCAACUGAGCAAAAGGAGACGAUGGAAGCUCUACUCGGGGCAGGUGUUAGCAACGCCAGGACCAACCUGCGCUUUCAUGGUUUCUUUGCUUUGUGCCAAAGAUCAGAACAGAAACGGUACAUAUGAGUGACCCGGACAAGCAGCGCUUUGUGCUCAUAACCUGGUGUGUUUGGUACUGACAGCACAUGCAGGAGGCUACAGCUUUGCCACAAAGCUUGCGUUGCCUGCGAUAAUUUCAUUGUACUUAUUUUCUCCAUUAAUUCGACGCUGACCACGCUGAAAUUGUUUUUACCAUAUAUAAAAUAUCAUCAUAGCCCUACAUGGUAAUAAUUGAGCUGAUUUAAUUUUGUGAACAAUAAUACUUCCAACCGAAGCAUGUUUGAAAGCUGUAGGUAAAAGUCUGUUGUGCAAGAGGUAAGUUGCACUCUUUUGUGGAGAGGGAAACUGAGGCACAGACAGCGCCCACCCGAGCUGGGUCGAAGGCACGUCGGUGGCAGAGCUGGGCUGUGCCCGAGGUCUGGCCUCCGCUCGCAGCCCUCAUUGCUGAGCCGCACGGCUCGAGGCUUGCUUCCGUCAGAGGAUGAGCCGGUGCGACAGAGAGUGACGUUUUAUGUCCGGGUGACGCUAGAAUGACGUCAGCUCACACCUGCUUGUCCUGCAGGGCUUCCAGACGGGGGGACGUGGUACCGAGAAGUCAAAGACCUGGGGUAAAUGUGCCAUUAAGAUAUGCACAAUCUUUGCUUUGUAUUACGAGCAGCGGCUGAAAUGCGGCUUCGCAUUUGUUUUGGAGGCUUCUCCCUGCCUUGCCGGGCAUUCGGGUUCUGCCGCGCAGCCCCCCGGUGCCGGGCGGGGGGAGCCUGGCCAUCGCUGCCCUCCCGACCAGCUCGCCGACUCCUUUGGUAUUUGUUAAAAGAAACGCUGCACUUUUAGUCUUCAAGGUGAAAUGUAGUAGCAAACUGAGGAAAAUCUCUCUGGCAUUUAAAUUGGGAGGAGUGAUAAAAUAUCUCUUUGCCAAAAAAAAAAAAGAAUAGGCCUUACUUAUUAAAUACUCUCGGGAGUUUUCUCCAGAUCCCUUUUCCCUAGGGUUACUAGUUCUCUGCUAUUCUAGCUCAGUUGUUCAAGCGUCAGUGAGAGAGGGGUUAGACUCAUUUAGUUAUGGUGACUCAUCAAAUAGGUGAGGAUUGCGUUGUGUGUCAGGGUGGAAGGGGACGAGCAUCAGAACUGUGAUGUCAUCCGGGUCAUUUAGGGAGCUCUUUCACAUCUGUACGUCUACGUGGCCAUCCUGAGGCUGGCUGGCCUUCCCAAAGCAGGACUCGGUGUCCGGCACCGGCGGGAAGGCGCACGGCUCACACUUUGGUAUGGAGGGAAGGGGCGAGGUGAGCACCGGUCAGCGGAACGCGCCGGGAGGGCGGGAGGCGGUGGGGGGGUGGGGGAACGCAGACAGAAACAAAACUGGUAAAUUUUGAUUAUUUUUGUUAAGCUGCAGUGUAAGGUUUUCUCAACUACUAGAUUCACAGCUGUUCAAUGGAUGGUGUGUAAGAGCAUAACCCAUUUUUAUAGAAUUGUUUCUCCUUUAUUGCUUAAGGCUAAUGGAGGAAAUAGUCUAAUUUUGUCUUAGAAAUUCUCUAUUAAAAUUGUUGGUUUGAGUCCAUCCGCUCAUAGAUUCUGACUGAUGAAACUGCAGGCUGUGAUUUCCGGCAGUUAUAACUUUAUCACUAUUCACUACCCAAGAAUAUUACAGCUUUAAAACAGCCUUAAGCAAAAGGAUGUUAUUUCUUUGUACUAAAUUUGGUUCAUGGAAAAGAAAAAAAAAACUCAAAACACUGGUAAUCCGUACUGCAUAGCAAACUCUUCUGAAAAAUGUUAUUGCACAUGUAAAAUAUGAGAACUUGACUCUGCUGUGUGUUAGGCAAUCCUGUAAUCUUUUUUUUUUUUUUUUUUUUUUUUUAUUCUUGUUAAAUUCAUUUCUUAAAUGCUUGGUUGGAAGACUGUGACAAUAGCUCAUGAAAUUGAGUGUUAUUUUUCUUUCUUUUUUUUAAAUAUGUAAAGUGCAGUCUUCUGUAUUCAUGCAUAUUGUACAUAUCUGUAUAUGUUUUACUGAGCAACUAAAUAACAAUAAAUAUGAUGUUAAUGGUGGCUAUUGUA